UAUGGUUUGGACUUUUGACACAUUGUUUCAGUUUAGGCUGUGUUGAAUUUUUGGCGAAAUAUUAAAGCACUUGGCUAAACUGUAACAUUUUUCGAAACGUAUGAGCUUAAAAUGUUUCAGACCUUUAGGAAUUUAGGACAAAGUCCGGUGUCAGUAUUUUAAAUUCGAGUUUAUUUUGUACUUGUAAGGUGUCUGUGAGUCUGUCCCGUUGUGGGCACACAACAAAGGCAUUUAAAAUGGAUGGCAGACCACUCAUUUUAGAUGGAGGUCUAGCAACAGAACUUGAGGCUAAUGGAUUUAAAUUACAGGGAGAUCCACUGUGGAGUGCAAGACUACUGCAUACAAACCCAAAAGCCCUUAAGGAGGUCCAUUAUAGAUAUCUCCAAAGUGGUUCUGAUGUCAUAACAACAGCCACGUAUCAGGCCAGCAUGGAGGGAUUUGUCAAACAUCUUGGUCUUGGAUUUGAGGAGGCAGAGCAGCUGAUGAUGUCAGGAGUUCAACUGGCCAAAGAGACAGUGGAGGACUUCAUGUCUCAGGACAUGUCAUCAGAAGACCGAAGAAAACCAUUGGUUGCUGGCUCAGUGGGUCCAUAUGGAGCGUUCCUACACGAUGGGUCAGAGUACACUGGGGCAUAUGAGGACAGAAUGACAGUGGAGGAGUUGAAAGACUGGCAUCGUCCACAUGUCCAGUGUUUGAUAAAGGCUGGAGUUGAUCUUGUUGCCAUGGAAACAAUUCCAGGUCUCAAAGAGGCAGAAGCAUUAGUGGAAGUUCUCAAAGAAUUUCCUGACACUAAAGCCUGGCUUUCCUUUUCCUGUAAGGACAGCCAUCAUAUUUCAAGUGGGAGAACAUUUUCGGAGGCAGUUCGUGUUGCAUGUAGGUCCUCACAGCUAGUUGCUGUGGGGGUAAACUGUUGCCCCCCUUCUCUGGUGACCCCUCUGCUAGAGUCUGCCAUGUCACACAAAAAAGCAGAUUUCAGCUGGGUGGUCUAUCCCAACAGUGGAGAGGACUGGGAUACCAAAACAGGAUGGCAAACAAAAGAAUUGACAUCAUUUGCUAAAUUAACUCUUGACUGGAAGGAAAGAGGUGCUAUGUGGAUUGGCGGCUGUUGCCGUAUCGGGCCUGCUGAUAUUACAGAGCUAAAGAAAGAACUACUACAUGUGUAACCUUAAUUUUUAAAACAGUGCGACUCUGAAAUAAUGCAAAGAUGUUGUAUAAAUAUUCUAUUUUUAAAUUAAAAUAAUACCAAGAUACACAUUACACAAUGUCACAUUAGUAUGAUUUUUGUGAAUGUGAUGUCUCCUCUAUAUAAUCGCAGGGACAUGAUUCUGCAUACAUGUUGUAAUUUCUAUUGAGAUCAGUCACUAAAUUUUAGAUUAACAGCACCAUUAGUAUGAAUCUUUGAAAAACUAUGCCUAUUUCACAAAAUGGCAACAGAGACCAGAAGUAGGGGAAAACUUUCCAGGCCGCACUGCUGCCAUAGCCAUUCAUUCAGCUUGUUUUCUCACAGGCAUUCAUUUUAUUUACCGAAAAACAAAAGUAGGAUAUGUUGUCCGAUUUAUUCAUGGAUUACUGGAAGAAGUAAAAAUAGGGAAAACAAACAUUACAAAAACAUUGUUUUUUGUGCGUUUGAUUUAUUAUAAAGGUCUAAUAUAUGUUAGACAAAUCAGCAUAAAAGGAGCGCUACAUGCCUAACUUCUGGGGCCCGUUCUUCGUACGUCGCUUAUUACAUCCGAGAUCAAAUGACACAUCCGAGAUGAUAUCAUCGUGCUAAUCAUGAUCCGGCUAAUUGGGUUCUUCGAACACACCUGCUGUUUAUGAUUAGUAUCGCUGGAUUGAGUUAUCUGAGAUAAUUGCGCGUUCAUGCGCUUGUUUAAAAGGGGAUAUGUAUCGAUAGUAGAAACAAUGAUCAGCAACGCUGCUAUUGGCUGCUCACAUGGCAAAAGAGCGCGCUCAGUUUUUCAACGCAGCAGAGCAAGAAUUGUUACUGGAAGGGUUUGCUUACAGUAAUAAUUUGAAAAAAUAAUUAAAACGCCAGUGGAGAGGGCUGGCAAAAAGUAGCAGACAAAUUAAAUGCGUAAGUGUUCCAUGUUAUGGUUAUAUCACUUACAAUUACAGUAUAUAGUCUUAUUUUAAUAAUUUCAUAUAUAUUUCAAUUUUCGUAAAUAAUUUGUUGCUGCGUUAAAUUAUGUCUAUAAUCCAAAUUGCUUGUACAGUCAUUUCGACAAAUAAAUAUUGAGUUAAUUUC